AUGAGCACAAAAAGAGUACUAAAACCCGCUGAUGAAUCCACAAUUGUCCAAUCUCAUCAAAAAGAUACAUUCAUCGAAUCGCUGAUCACUACAAAACUUCGAGAUGUCCUAACUGCCCUGAGAGGCCAGUACUUUACGAAUACAUACCCUCAAGAAAUACUUAUCAGCUCAAAAAUACUCUACUUGGCACUAACAACACUUCGCAACAAGCGAACUUUGGGGGAAGAGUACGUUGACGUGGUAUAUGUCGACAGAAAAAACAAAUCAACUGUUAAGCUCCAUCAAAGACUGCUUUUCAUAAUAUCCUACACAAUACUUCCAUACACGUUAUCAAAAAUAUCUGCUUAUUUCUCAAAGAGAAAUGAUAGUGAGGACGAUAAUGAAAACACUAAUAUAUUGAGGAAAAUUCUGAGGAAGGGGACGUUAAGUAACGCUAUCAAUCUAAUAACGGACCUCCAUCUGAUUCUCUUUUACUUCAGGGGGAGUUACUAUCAGAUUUCGAAGAGAUUUUAUGGGCUCAAAUAUGCACUUGCUCAUGAAGUUGAUAAAGCUGAAGAAAAGUUCAGACAGUCCAGCGCUAGAAGCUACAGAAUACUCGGAUUGGUUUUGCUGUUCCAGUUAAUGUCUAAGGGAGUCCCACACCUGUCACGUUUAGUGAAGCUCUACAAAGAACCCAUAAAAUCCGAAAUUGAUCGUGAAACAGGAAACAAGACGUCAGGAUUCGAGAUAAAAGGAGUGCCUGAGGAGUCUGCAAUGAAUGCCAUCGACCUUUCCGACCCAAAAAUAUUAGCUUUUAUCCCUGACGAGUCUCGUAAGUGCAUUUUAUGUCUGACUCCGAUGGUAAACCCUAGCUGUGGUCCUUGCGGGCAUCUUUUUUGUUGGAAUUGUAUAUUCAAUUGGUGCAAAGAAAGACCUGAAUGUCCCUUAUGCAGAAAGGCAUGUCAUAAGCAAUCAAUCCUUCCUAUCAGGUAA